GCGGAUAUAGUGAAUGCAGGGUCCGGGGAGACCGGAUAUAGUGAAUGCAGGGUCCGGGGAAACCAGAUAUAGUGAAUGCAGGGGUCCGGGGAGACCAGAUAUAGUGAAUGCAGGGUCCCGGGGAGACCAGAUAUAGUGAAUGCAGGGUCCUGGGAGACCAGAUAUAGUGAAUGCAGGGUCCUGGGAGACCAGAUAUAGUGACUGCAGGGUCCGGGGAGACCAGAUAUAGUGAAUGCAGGGUCCUGGGGAGACCAGAUAUAGUGAAUGCAGGGUCCGGGGAGACCAGAUAUAGUGAAUGCAGGGUCCGGGGAGACCAGAUGUAGUGAAUGCAGGGUCUGGGGAGA